AAUGCAUUGGUGGGGCAGAGGCCGUUAUGCAAGUGGCGGUACGCGUUUGUUAGGAAAUUAUUAUUCCAAACAUUAUGGAGAAACACUGGCAAAGUCUGCAAGGAACAAAUCCCGGAUAAUGUGUGACGGGAGCCCAGACACCAUUUGGAACCCAGGGAUAACGAUGGAAGCACAGCUAAGGGCAUCUCGCUCGUACUUCCAUCUAGUCCCAGCACCCACAGUCUUGCCAGCCAGUUUGAUAAAGGAAUUCACACCCAAGGCUAAGUUUGUCAUCAUCAUGAGGAACCCAACCGAGAGGCUUUUCUCACAUUAUCGCUAUCGAGGUCCGUCGACUAACGUCGACAGCCAUCUAAACCGGACGCUGGAAAACUUUGACGCAGGCGUCAAACAGAUGAAACCGAUUUUGGACUUCUGCUUUGAAAAAAAGUCUAUCCGGGAUUGUGCCUAUGACCCAGCGUUCUUACUGGACGGCGAACGCACUCGGGUACUACUUCAAGUAGGACUGUACGUGGUCUACAUCAAGGAUUGGCUGACUGUCUUUCCACGCAACCAGUUCUACUUCACAACUACGGAAGAAUACGGCGCAAACCCUAAUCGGGUUAUGAAGGAAAUAUUCCAAUUUCUUGCCUUAGACAUGGGCCAGAAUCCUGAAAAAAUGCUGAAUGAUGUCAUUGCUACGUAUUGGCCGGGUCACAACAGCGUGGAUUUAGGACCAAUGUGGCCAAGAACGAAAAGAAAGCUGGAUGCAUUUUACGAACCUUUCAACGAGGCCUUGGCGGCUCUGCUGAAUGAUGUCAAGUAUCUAUGGCGAAGUGAUACCGAUAACCUCUAACAAUAAGUGUUUCU